CCCAAACCACCCAUCCAAAUCCGCCCAGCAAUCCCCUCCGAUCUCCCCUCUCUCACGACCAUCGUCCCCCGAGCCUUCCACCCUCGCAACGCAUACAUUAAGAAAUGCCAUCCCGAUACGCCUGCCGUGCGAGCGUGGUGGUGGAAAAUUUUUGCCGAGGAAAUUGCUGAGCCGGAUUGUUAUGUGCUUGUGGCUGCUAUUGAAAACCGAAAAGAACAACAAAACCAAAACCAAAAAGACUCCCCCCUCCUCCCCUGCGGUUUCUGGACCAAAUACCCCCUCACCCCCGACCAAAACUCCACCCUAUUCCAACCCGCCAUAACAGCAAUGAGUCAAGCCCGCGCCCUCGCAUUUUCCCCUUCCCCCUCAAAACCCACCCCAAACCAAGCAGCACCCCAACCCCACUUCCUCCUCGAACUCCUCGGCAUCUCGCACGACUAUCAAAACCUCCAACUCGCACGCCGUCUACUCACUCUCGCAGGAGAAAUCUCGGACAAAGCCGGCUGGGAGACGUUUGUAGAAGCGAAUGCAAAUGCGGUGGGAUUAUAUCGGAAAAUGGGGUUUGAAGAGGUGGGAAAGGUGGAGAUUCCU